UAAUUGAAUAAAGAAUUGAUUUUCGUGUAAAUGGAUUAAAAUCACAAUCAGAUUAACUUAGAUAUGUUCAGUACGAAGCAAACAUGGGCGAUGGUGUGGUAAAGAAUGGCGCGUAUAAAUAUGAUGAUAGUACAAAAUAUAUCGGAGAUUGGAAUCGUAAAGGAUUGAAACACGGCGCUGGCUUAUUAGUUCUUCCAGACGGGACACGAUACGAAGGAGCAUUUCAGAAUGGAUUAUGUUCUGGCUUGGGAGUUAUCAUAUUUUCCGAUGGAGCAAAAUACGAAGGAGAAUUUAUGCAAGGAUGGUUCCAUGGCCAUGGUGUAUUUUGGAGAGCUGAUGGAAUGAAAUUCGAAGGGGAAUUUCGCGGGGGUCGUGUCUGGGGCUUAGGUUUAGUGACUUAUGCCGAUGGAUCGCAUGGAUUUCCAAGGAAUGAAGGUUUUUUUCAAGAUUGUAGAUUACUAUUCAUAAUAGUUUGCGUUUUGGCUGCGGCCAAUGCCGGCUAUGUCGGAGUGUCUCCCUUACAAUAUCAGAUUGCACCAAUAGCGCAUGUUCAACCCCAUGCUAUUACGUCGACAUCUGAUAAUAUAUUACGCAGCCAUGGUAAUUUGGCACAAGUAGCUACGCAAACGAAAACCAUCGAUACACCUUUCUCUAGUUCAAGCAAAACUGAUAUUCGCGUAAGCAAUCCGGCGGCUGUUACGUAUGCGCAUUUUGCUCAUCCAGCUACCCCAUUGACGUAUACUGCUGCUGCUAUACCGGCAACGGCGGCUAUACGUGCUCCGGCCGCUCUCGGAGUCGCUUAUUCACCGGCAGUCGAGGUAUCUCAUAUGAGUUACAGCAGUCCAAUUGGAGUUGCUUACGCCUACUGAAUAGAAUUGAUUACAUAUACUUGCCGACUCUGUUUAUAUAAAAUAUAUAUAUAUAUAUAUAUAUAUAUAUAUAUAUAUAUAUAUGCAUAUACCUAUUUAUAAUCAUCAAGUAUUCUGCAACAAUUGUAACUUGUCGUGUAUACGUAAUAAACUACAUUUU